AUGAAAGCUUAUCUUAAAGACGAUGGCCUACUGCUAGAAGAACCACUUCCGCCAGUCGAAUCAGAUGGCCAUAGACUUUUUUUAAACUUUGGCUGUGUUAAUGUGACCGUCAGUACUGGGGGAGCAGGUUCCGCUGUUUCCGAAAGCCCUGUUAUUAAAUUUAAAGAUAUAUUAUGGGCUCAGCCGUGCAAAACCGGAAUUCACAAUGAGCUGGAAAUUUCGUACGUCCGAAAGCUCGGUGAUAGACUUGUUGCAUGCACAAGCGUUUUAACAGUUUAUUCUUUGGAUUCUGAGCCACAGAAGAGGGAGGGAACAGAAGAUACGCUAUGCAAUAACAACUCAGCAACAAAGGUUUCCGAUGAGUCGACGAUCUUUCUCUCGGAAAAAGUCCUUGAGCGCUCCUAUCCGGAAUCAGAGCCCGGAAGGUCAAUAAUGGUCAUUAUAAACCCUCACAGCGGCCAGGGCAAAGCAAAUAAAAUUUAUGAGACUAAAGUAGAACCGAUAUUGAAAGCAGCUCAGUGCAAGAUUACAGUGGCCAGGACUGCUUAUAGUGGGAAUGCAAGUGAUAUAGCGGAAAAUAUGAACAUAGACAAAUACGACAUGAUAUUGUGUGCAUCAGGCGAUGGUAUUCCACACGAGGUAAUCAAUGGUAUAUAUAGGCGAGAGGAUCGUGCUCGUGCAUUUGAUAAGUUGAUAAUCACACAAACACCAUCGGGGUCUGGAAAUGCGAUGUCCUUAUCAUGCUUGGGCACACUAGAGCCAUCGCAUGCCACAUUAGAACUUCUUAAAGCUGCUACAGUGAGGAAUGAUCUUAUGGCAGUUUGCACACAAGAUGCAGAUGUGAAACUUUCAUUCUUAAGUCAAACGUAUGGUCUUAUAGCACAGGCUGAUAUUGGAACAGAAUUUAUGCGGUGGGUAGGCCAGGAACGAUUUUUGCUCGGUGUUUGCUAUCAAGUUCUUUCAAAAUCAAAGUAUCCAUGUAGGAUCGCUGUCAAAUAUAUUGCAAGGACAAAAACAGAGCUGUCACAAUAUUACAAGAAGCAUUUAAAUGAUCUAUCCGACUUUAGCCCGCUUAGUGAGGAGGAUUUCAAACUAAAGUAUGCUGAUAAAUUUAUAGGCUUAGAAGAUGCAGCAGAUCUGAGUCUGCUACCGGAUUGGGAGCCUUUGGACGAAGGGGUGUGUUCAAACAUGGGGAUCUUUUACUCUGGAAAAAUGCCAUAUAUUUCAAAAGAUACCAACUUCUUUCCUGCGGCUUUACCAAACGAUGGAUCAAUUGAUGUAGUGGUUACAGAUGUUAGAUCAGGAAUUUCCAAGACAGUUGACGGACUUCUUUCGUUAGAUAAAGGCCUACAUGUCUGGAAGGAUGAUGUUGCACAUAUCAAAGUGGAAGCUUUUAGAGUGAUUCCACUUCCUGGUCCCAACGAUCGGAACUUUAUCUCCGUUGACGGAGAAAACUUUAAGUUACGGCCUUUUCAAGUUGAGAUUUUGAAGGGCAUAAUGAAGACUGUUAUGUCUGGCGGGUGUUACACUGAAACUGGAUUUCUGGAACAGACCAAAGACUAG